AUGGUUCUUCAUCUAUCACGCUCGACACGACUGAGCGUUGUGAUUGGCAUAUCGACAUGUUUCUUUCUGGCUGAGAUUUCGCGUCGGUUGCCCUUUCUUGGUUUUGUGGGCUUCUAUACCCACUCUAUUUCUCUGAUUGCGGAUGCUUUCCACUAUUUGAAUGAUCUAGUUGGGUUUAUUAUUGCUCUUGUUGCAUUGAAGAAAUCUGAGCGCACUGACUCGCCCAAGGAGCUCACUUUUGGUUGGCAGCGGGCUCAGCUGCUCGGUGCUUUUUUCAAUGGCGUUCUUCUGUUUGGGUUGGGUAUUAGUAUAUUUUUGCAGUCCAUUGAGCGAUUUAUUGCUCUACAAAAUGUUCAUAACCCCAAGAUGAUGUUCAUCAUUGGGUGUAUCGGAUUGGGCCUGAAUAUUAUUAGCGCAGUCUUCCUUCACGAGCAUGGACACGGACACGAGCAUGAACACAGUCAUGACCAUAGUCCAUCACCCACAAUUGAGACACCAGUUCUUCACCUUGGCGAGGAAUAUCAUGAUUCCAGCACCAAACAUCACGAUCACAAACAUCUUCAUUUCGAAAAACAUCACUGCGCAGACUCAGGCGGCCAUAGCCAUGGUCAUGGUGGUCACAACCACGGUGAUCUGGGCAUGAUGGGAGUGAUGAUCCACGUCAUCGGCGAUGCAAUCAAUAACCUGGGCGUCAUGGCCGCAGGUCUGAUUAUCUGGCUCGCGGCACCCCAUGCUGGCCGACAUUAUGCCGAUCCCGGUGUGAGCAUGUUCAUUGCCAUCCUCAUUAUUCUGUCGUCUUUCCCUCUGAUGCGCCGAGCCGGGAUGAUCCUGCUAGAGAGCGUGCCUACUGGGGUUGACAUGUGCGAUGUCAAACAUGACCUAGAAAAGAUCAAGGGCGUCAAUUCAGUCCAUGAACUCCACAUCUGGCGUCUCAACCAACAAAAGACCCUUGCUUCAGUGCAUGUCGUCGUGUCUGAGGACUCAGUCGAGGACUUUAUGAAGACAGCGCGCGUGAUCAAUGAAUGUUUCCAUGCCUAUGGAAUCCACUCCAUUACACUGCAGCCCGAGUUGGAGGAAGUUGAUGGGGUGCAUGAAUCUUCCCGGUGCCAGGUUAUCUGUGGGACGUUGACUUCACUGGCAUGA